AUGAUUAUUUUAAAUUGUUCAUUGAUUAUGUGCCUAUUUUUGUGCUUUCUGGAUCCGUUUGAAGCAAUUAAGUGUCUUGACGAAACUGGUAAAUCAGUUGAUUGGUUUUUUACUUAUAAACUUCCCAAAGACAAUUCAAAUGGUGAUAAACAAAAUGGAUACACUUAUGGUUUGAUCACAAGUAAACAACAUGAAAAUUGGAAAUUGUCAAGACGAUUAGUUAAUAGUGCAGACUCAAUUUGGGGUAAAACAUUAGCACCAUUAUACUCUAAUCGUCGUGAUUACACUUAUUUAGCCUGGAAUGAUGAUCCACCCAACAGCGAAGGUAACAGUUAUUAUGCUCAUUCUAAGGGUGUUCUUGCUUUGGACUCUAGAUCGGGAUUCUGGUUAAUACACUCAGUUCCUAAUUUCCCUCCUCUUUUCAACGGAAGUUACAAUUAUCCCGAUACUGGCCGAGAAAAUGGUCAAUUGUCGAUGUGUUUAAGUUUCCAAACUCAAUCAGAAGGAAGUAAAAUUGGCCGUCACUUGACCUUUUUACGGCCAAACAUUUAUGAUUACAAUUUAAUCAAAACCAUUCCCAGUGACAAUGAAUAUUUCCAAAGUUUAUUAUCACCACUCCAAUCACGGAAAAGUAUCAGCGAUGAAAUUAUAAAGACAAAAAUCACCGGAACUGAUAAAUCAGCUGAUGAAUUUUUAGCUUUCAGUAAACCAUCAAAGGUUUUGGUUGACAUUUACUCAGAAGAAAUCAGUCCAACCCUGAAAAGUGACCUUUACACACAAACAUGGAGACGAGGUGCUGGUGGGAUAUUAAAUUCAUCUUGUCCCAUAAGGAAAAAGCAAACAAUCAACAUCCAAUCAUUGAGAAUUAACUUUCCCGAUAAUCGUUCAGCCUCAGUUGAUUGGGAAUUCACCUCAGAUCAUUCAAAAUGGACAAUUACCAAGACAGAAACUUCAAGUAACCACUGGACUUGUAUCGGUGAUAUAAACAGAAUGAGGUCACAAUAUAAACGAAGCGGUGGUGUUGUUUGUCUUAAAAACGACCAAGUUUGGCGCUUAUUUAAAUCACUAAUCAAAGAAACUGAAUCUUGUAGUAAUAACAGAUCACCAUCAAGACGAUAUUAGUACAAAAAUUUGGACAACAUAUGACUGAUCGAGCUCAAGGUCCCGUUAUUUGGCGCUGGUUGAAUUCGUAAAAUGUGACAAAAAAGUGAAUACAAAUUAACAGAAUUAAAAGGUUCCACUUGAUAAUUUUUCCUAAAUUCUGGUCCUUCGGCAAAAAAGAUCGGCCUCAUAGAGGGAAGUAAAUUAUCGUACCCAUGAAAGGCCACUUUACGUCUUCGUCGUACCCGUGGAGCCUAAAAAAGACGAUCAAAGUACAAAAGAUUAUUUAGAAAACAUUUUGACCUGUUGUUAAUUGUUACCAUUGAUUAAACAACUUACAGAAUCAAUCGUGUAUCCUUCAUGUGCGAAAAUCACAAUCGGCAUAAUCCGAAGUGAAUUUUUGUAAUAAAAUCGACUGGGAAUAUCUUUCCUCAGAUAAACGGUAAAA